UGAUAAAAUUCAUAAUCUAAACAGAUCGAAUGAACGAUAUAAUACGAAUUAAUAGAAAUAGUAUAGUUAAUAAUAAUGCACCUUUACAUUUAUGUAUAUACCUAUGUGUAUGCAAAAAAAAGUAUAUGAUUUUAUUGAAGUUUUUAAGAUAAAUUGAAAAAUUGAGAACACGUCAUUUCUUGGACGAUGAAAUGAUUGAAGUGUGAAUGAAAAAUUAUAAAAAAUAUUUAAUCGUUCAUGGGUUUACAAACGAUUAAAAUAAUAUAUCCGAGUUAUGUAAAUAUCUUUUGUAAAAGCAUAGAGAAGAAGAUGAUGUGAGGAUAACAAGAAAUUCUAUAAAUAUCCGAUGACCUACGUCUUCAGCAUGGAGAGUAUAAUACAUACGUACACAUCAAGUUUUGUCAAACUAAGUACACAGUUUAUUAUUUAGGAAUGACGACUGAGGCUGAGUUUCUACCCAUUAUUAGGCUUCAGGCUGACGAUACAACCGCAUUUCUUCGCGCAGCUCGAUCUGGGAACCUCGAAAAAGUCAUCGAAUAUUUAGACACUGAUCUAGAUAUCAAUACAGCCAACUCGAACGGUCUAAACGCUUUGCAUUUAGCAUCGAAAGAUGGACACGUUGAAAUAGUGACGGAACUUUUGAAAAGAGGUGCAAAGGUCGACGCUGCGACAAAGAAAGGCAAUACCGCAUUGCACAUAGCAUCUUUAGCUGGCCAAGCGGAAAUAGUUAGUAUUCUUAUUCAAUAUGGUUCUGCGGUUAAUAUUCAAUCGCAAAAUGGAUUCACACCAUUAUAUAUGGCGGCCCAAGAGAAUCACGAUCAGGUCGUCAAGCUGUUGCUUAGCAAUGGAGCCAAUCAAAGCCUCGCUACGGAGGACGGAUUCACUCCGCUUGCUGUGGCUAUGCAGCAAGGCCACGACAAAGUCGUCAGUGUACUUUUGGAAAAUGAUUCGAAGGGAAAAGUUAGGCUACCGGCACUUCAUAUCGCCGCUAAAAAGGACGAUUGCAAAGCCGCCGAUUUACUUUUGCAGAACGACCACAAGCCGGAUGUCACAUCUAAGAGUGGUUUCACGCCUCUCCACAUUGCUGCUCAUUAUGGAAACGAGGAGAUAGCACGUUUGUUAAUUAAACGUGGCGCUGAUGUGAACUAUUUGGCAAAGCACAAUAUCAGUCCUCUUCAUGUAGCAGCGAAAUGGGGCAAAAAUAACAUGGUAAAAAUCCUGUUAGAGAACUCGGCACAAAUAGAUGCAAAAACUAGAGAUGGUUUAACUCCAUUACAUUGUGCUGCGCGAUCUGGACAUGAGGAAGUUGUUAACACUCUUCUUGAAAACUCAGCACCAAUCAGUGCACGUACAAAGAAUGGUUUAGCACCUUUGCAUAUGGCAUCUCAAGGAGAUCAUGUGGAUGCUGCUAGGGCAUUACUCUAUCAUCGUGCACCAGUGGACGAAGUGACGAUCGAUUAUUUAACUUCGCUACAUGUAGCUGCACAUUGUGGCCACGUUAGAGUCGCGAAAUUGCUUUUGGAUAGAAAGGCGGAUCCAAAUGCACGAGCUUUAAACGGUUUUACGCCUCUGCACAUCGCCUGCAAGAAGAAUCGUAUAAAGGUCGUCGAGUUAUUGCUGAAACAUGGCGCAUCGAUCGAGUCUACAACAGAGUCCGGACUGACUCCCUUACACGUGGCCAGUUUUAUGGGAUGCAUGAAUAUCGUGAUAUUCCUACUACAACAUGAAGCCAAUCCCGACGUGCCAACUGUUAGGGGAGAAACACCCCUACACCUGGCAGCUAGAGCUAAUCAAACCGAUAUUAUUCGAAUUUUAUUAAGAAAUGGAGCCAAAGUCGAUGCACGUGCUAGGGAACAACAAACACCGUUGCACAUCGCAUCCAGAUUGGGUAACAUCGAUAUAGUUAUGUUACUAUUGCAACACGGUGCAGCCGUUGACACAACAACAAAAGAUAUGCACACGGCAUUGCACAUUGCAGCGAAGGAAGGUCAGGAGGAGGUGGCCGCUAUUCUAGUGGAGAAUAAUGCCUCGGUAAAAGCCACAACGAAAAAUGGUUUUACGCCGCUCCACAUAGCGGCCAAAUAUGGCAAUAUGAACGUGGCAAAGAUCCUUCUGCAAAAGGACAGCAAGCUUGAUGCUCAAGGAAAGAACGACAUUACACCACUGCAUCUGGCAUGCCAUUACGAUCAUCCAAAUGUUGCGAAUCUUCUAUUAGAGAAGGGUGCUUCACCCCAUCUUGCAUCACAAAAUGGACAUACUCCGUUACACAUCGCUGCACGUAAAAAUCAGAUGGACAUUGCUUCUACUCUGUUGGAAGGCGGAGCGAACGCAAAUGCCGAGUCUAAGGCAGGAUUCACGCCUCUACAUUUGAGUUCACAAAAGGGUCAUUACGAUAUGACGAAUUUACUUAUCGAGCAUGGAGCUGAUCCAAAUCACAAAGCUAAGAAUGGUCUAACAGCGUUACAUCUCUGUGCUCAAGAAGAUUUCGUCAGAGUCGCUUCGAUUCUCGUAAAAAAUGAUGCCAAUGUCGAAAGUCAAACCGAGACUGGUUAUCGACCUAUUCACGUUGCCGCACAUUUUGGAAAUCUCUCGAUGAUACGAUUUCUAUUAAAACACAAUGCAGAGAUCGACGUAAGAACGGCUCAAAAUUACACGCCCCUUCAUCAGGCCGCGCAACAGGGUCACGCUCAUGUUGUUAGUGCUCUUUUAGAAGGAAAUGCAUCGCACAAAGCUCGUACAAACGAUGGCUUGACUGCUUUAAAUAUUGCUCAAAAGUUAGGAUAUAUAUCAGUGAUGGAAGUAUUGAAAGGAAUGCCUUAUGAUAAUUUAGCUCCGGAUAAUAAAAAUUGGGAAGAAAAGUACAAAGUUAUAGCGCCAGAGAGUUUGCAAGAAACGAGUCUUAUGUCCGAUUCCGAUGACGAGGGUGCAUCGGAUGCAUUGAUUAGCGAGCAACCAUACAAAUAUCUUACCGCGGAUUUAAUGAAGAGUCUACGAGAUGAUUCCUUACCAAUCGAUGUAACGAAGGACGACCCAAUACACAGACAAGUUACAAAAGAAGAAAAACAGGAAUUCACUCAAAGUAAUAAUUACUGUCUCGCAGAAAACUUUGACAGUAAUGAUACAUUGAAUUUGGGGAGACUUCACUUCCGAUCAUUUUUAGUGAGUUUCCUCGUGGAUGCACGAGGUGGUGCAAUGAAGGGUUGCAGGCAUAGUGGUGUACGAAUAAUUGUUCCACCCCGUAGAGCAACGAUGCCAUUACGGGUAACGUGCAGAUUAGUAAAACCUAGUAAAGUAGCUAAUCCACCGCCUCUAAUGGAAGGUGAGGCUUUAGCAACUCGAAUUAUAGAGAUGGGUCCAGUUGGAGCAACCUUUUUAGGGCCAGUAUUGAUCGACAUACCACACUUUGCAUCGAUCCGUGGCAAAGAGAGGGAAAUUAUUAUUCUUAAGAGUGAAAAUGGAGAAACGUGGAAAGAGCAUGAUAAUUCGGUCGAUAAUGACGACACCUUGCUUAAUACACCACAUGAUCCCCAAAUGAACGCAGCCCAUUCCGGCAGAAUAACUCGUAUAAUAACUACUGACUUUCCUCAAUAUUUCGCGAUAGUGACUAGAAUCAAGCAAGAGGUACACGUGAUAGGAGCCGAAGGUGGAAUUUUAAUGUCUAGUGUAGCAAACGACGUUCAAGCCGUAUUUCCACCUGGUGCUCUAACGAAAAAAAUCAAAGUUGGCUUACAAGCACACGUCAUCCCUGCAGAGCUUACAGCCAAACUUUUAGGUAACUGUGUUGCUGUAUCACCCGUCAUUACAAUUGAGCCCAGAAGAAGAAAGUUUCACAAGCCGAUUACCUUGACUAUACCCGUGCCACAAGCUGCGAACAAAGGAAUGAUCAAUCAAUACGGAGGCGAAACACCAACUUUACGAUUGCUUUGCAGUAUCGCUGGUGGUACCAGCGAAGCCCAAUGGGAAGAUGUUACUGGUUCAACACCAUUGACGUUCAUGAAUGACCGUGUGUCCUUCACAACCACAGUUUCAGCUAGGUUUUGGCUGAUGGAUUGUAGGAAUAUUAGCGAAGUUCCAAAAAUGGCGACGGAACUAUAUAAAGAAUCUUUGUUUAUACCUUACAUUACAAAUUUCGUAAUAUAUUCAAAACGAAUGGACACUCUCGAAGCUACGUUAAGGAUAUUGUGCAUGACUGAUGGCAAGGAAGGAAUGCACACGUUGGAAAGACAAGAAGAAUUCUUGGAGAUUGUAAAGAGCCGUGAUGUCGAGGCUCUACAUGGAAAAGAUCUUUACAUCGAAUUCAGCGGAAAUCUAAUACCAGUCACAAAGUCAGGAGUACAAUUAAAGUUCACUUUUAAAGCUUUCCGUCAGAAUCGUCUAUCAUUUCAUGUUAAAGUAAAAGAUCCACUUUUGGAUCCCGUAGCAAGAAUGUUAUUUAUGCGCGAACCUAAAGUUGCAAAGGGUGAACCACCACAGCAACCAAUUUGUGUACUGAAUAUCGUCUUACCUGAGGUUACGAGCAAAAUUGAAAUUCAGAAGAAACUAACAGCAACAUACGAAGAUUCGAAUAUCAUAAAUCAAAAAAUGGACUUUUACAAAUCAAAAUACGGUAUGGAACAGAAGGAGAAGGGAGACCAGCCAAAAGACACGUCACCGUCAGAGGAAAAGUUCAUUGCCGAUACUCUCCAGAAAGAACAAACAGAUGCCGCUACUAUCCACGAAUCCUUUGCACAAAAAGCGGCUUGUCCCCUAGAAUCCGUAGAUGCUAGUUAUCCCAAUAAAAUAGCCGGCCAACAAGAGCAUGAUCUUUCGCCUAGCGUCGAAAAGCAAACAUAUUCGGAGAAGCGAAAAUUCUGGGAGGAUAUAUCAAAGAAGAGAGAGAGUUAUCAACGUUCCGAAUCCGAGGUAUCAAGGACCUCACAAUUAACAGUCAACGAGAGCGACAGUGAGUAUAUGCAAAAUGUCGUAUCGGAGGAAGAGAUAACUGAGGUAACAUCCGUUGGCUCGGAUACUAUGGAAAAUGUUAAUAUCCCUGAUAUUUCGGAAUGUUCCGUUGCGGAGAAGGCACAUUAUUUUGAGGAACAAAUACAAAAGGAAUUGAGUAAGGUACCGGCUAAAUUGCAACAGCAAGAUACUGUGAAACCAGAAAAAGAUAAAAGUGUUAAGAUUCAACGAGUGGAAAAGCCUAUUGAUGUUGCCCAAGUGGAAACUACGAGAGAUAUUGAACAUGAGGGGAAAGAAUUAAAGUCGAGUCAUGUAGAAGAGAAGGAUAAAGACGAAAGUGAUAAGUUACGGAAGGAAGACUUCAAAGAUGAAGAGAUUACAUAUAAAGAGAGAGUAGAUAAGUUCCAUAGGGAGGAAUAUCGAGAGACAUUUGUUGUUGGUAUGGAAAAAAUGAUUGAACUGGAUCGAAAGGUAAGGGAUAUAAUGGACAAGAAAGAAGAUGAAAAGAAAGAGUUUGAAUUAAAGAAGAAAAAGGAAGAAAAGGGAAUUAAGAAGAAGGCGUCUGAAUUAAAGAAAAAACUAGAAGAAGAAGAAAUAAAGAGGAAAGAGAUUGAACUGCAGAAGAAACAAGAUGCUGAAUUAAAAAAGAAACAAGAGGAGGAGGAGGAAGCAAAGAGAAAAGAAGCAGAAUUGAAAAAGAAACAAGAAGAAGAGGAAGCAAAGAAAAAAGAGGCAGAAUUGAAAAAGAAACAAGAGAAGGAAGAGGAAGAAAUUAAAAGGAAAGAGGCCGAAUUAAAGAAGAAACAGGAGGAAGAGGAAGCAAAGAGGAAAAAAGAAGAAGAAGCAAAGAAAAAAAAACAAGAAGAAGAAGAAAUAAGAAGGAAAAAGGAAGAGGAAGAAAUUAAAAGAAAAGAGGCUGAACUAAAGAAGAAACAGGAGGAAGAGGAAGCAAAGAGGAGAAAAGAGGAAGAGGAAGCAAAGAGAAAAGAGGCUGAAUUGAAAAAGAAACAAGAGGAAGAGGAAGCAAAGAGGAAAGAGACUGAACUGAAAAAGAAGCAAGAGGAAGAGGUGAAGGAAGAAGUAAGAAAAUCAAAGAGGAAAGAAGAAGUGGAACUUGAAAAAGAAACAUAUGAGGAAUUGGAAAAGCACAUUGAAAAAGCUGCGUUGGUACAAAUUUUACCAGAACAAUUGGAAAGGUCGAUCGAGGAAGCUAGGGAAAUACAUCAUAAAGAAUUACCAGAGCAUAUAGAUAGAAUCGUCGAAAAGCACGAAUUGGAACUUCAAAAAGAAUAUUUAAUCGAACGUGGGGAAUCUCCAAAGCACACUAUGGAAAUUGCAAGUAAAGAAAGUGAAUUUAUGCAGAUACAUUCAAAACAGGCGGAACAUAAAGAAGAUAUUUCAAUGCAAGAAAAAGGUUUGGGCAAGGAUAUAUCAACUGGGAGACGCGUUAUAAAGGAAGAAACGACUAUAAUAUGGAAGGUUCAAGAAGAUGGAAGCUUAGUGCAAGAAAAAGUGACUAAGAUCGUUCAAAUUGAAGGAGACGAAGAUGUGCCUGUAACCACAGAAAUAAUCAAUGUUCCUGAAACUAGUUUAGAACCAAAAGUGCUAUACGAAGAACAUUAUACUAUUGGCGAUUUGGAGGAAAAAUUGAAGGAGGAUACUAAGAUCGAGAUAAGUAAAAAAGAUCAAGUUACUGAAUUUAUUCCGGAAGUACAAAAAGAAAAGAUUGAAGAUUUAGGAAAAGAAAAAUCAGAGGAGGACAAGAUUAGCCCUCAAAAGUCCACGAUCGAAAGUGAUAGUAAGUUAAUGAAAAAAGAAUUUGAAUCACGUAUACCAAUUUCAAUGGCUAAAGUUGAAAAAGAUAGAAAUCACAAGGAAUCAUCGAGGAGCAAAAUUUCAAUAGAGUCGAAACGUUUGUUAGAAAAAUCAGAAAUCGAUAAAUCGAGUAUUCCACAGGAAGAGUUUAGCAUCACGUCACCUGUUGAUAAGAAAAAAGAAUUUGAAUCUCGUAUUCCUAAACGUAUCAUAGAUACUUCUGCAACUAAAUCGUCUGAGAAAGAUAUUAAAAAGGGAUAUCACGUUAAAACGGAAACGGAAACUUGCACGGUGACCGAGAAGAAAUCCUCCAGUCAGGAAACAACUUCCAAGAGUGAAACCCAAACAUUUUCUAAAACUUUUACUGAUCCACAUAAAACAUUUAAAUUACCCGAGGACAUGAGCGAGAAAGAUACGAUAAAACUAUCUAAAGUCGAUCAUAAAGCUUCCAGUAAGUUAGAAAAGAAAGAAGUUGUAUCUUCCGAAAUUUCUAAAGGCACGGACAAAUAUAUUGUGCACGAAGAAAAAGAACAAAUCGAAUCUAAAAAAUUAUCAGAAUCCAAAAUGAAAAAGGAAUCGUCGACUGAAACAGUAGAGAAAGAGGAAAGUAAAAGUAAAAAAAUAGACGAGACAGCUGUUCAAAAGAUGUCGAUAAAUUUACAAGAUGGACAGGAAACGAUCGAUGCAAGUGCUUCAAAAAGUAGAGUCGAAGCCAAGAAGGAACAAUUAUCUAAAAAACUUGAAGACAAGGAAGGUAUAAUGACUGAGGAAUCUGGAGUCAAUAGACUGAAGGAAAGUGAUAUCGAAAUAGCUAUUAAAAUAAGUAAAGAAGAUGAAAAAAAGAAAGUUGAAGACACGGGAGAACCUCCAAUAACAUCUAAAAUAUUCGAAGACUUGGGAAAAGUAGAAAUGGUAACUAAAGGAGAGUCACAUAAAGAAACUGUUGAACGUUUCGAUGCAAGACACUUUAUACCUACCAGCAAAGUAGACGAGAAAUUGGCAUCCGUUAAAAAGGAUGAAAAGCCAGAAGAAAAAGUUCUGACUCAUGAAACUUUGGAGGAGAGACAACGACGUGCUGCAAAAGAAAUAGAAGCUAGGCAAAUAGUAGAGUGUCUUAUAGAAUCGAUCGAAAGUGAAAUAACUAAAAGAUCAUCCAUAACGGAAGAUCCGAGAGCUGAGAUUAUUGACAGUAAUUAUCUACAGCAACUUGUUAAAGAAAGCGUGGAAACUGAUCAUGAAAAGUUAGCUGACGAUUUAACGAAAAAAUUCGAAAGUAUUAUGAAGAAAACAAUGGAGAAACAAUUGGUAGACUCUACAAAGGACACUGACUCUACCGCAGAAUCGGUAAAACGAAGAUCAUCUAUACACGAAGAAGAGAAAAGAUCUACCAGAGAUAGCAUGAGUAUAAGCGAGGAUAUAACAAAGGACGAAGAGUCCUCACUUCACGAUAGAGACGAAAGCUUACUUUUAUCUUCGUCACAGGCAAGAUUACCUGAAAGAGACAUUACAAUGAGUCCAAGUAGUAUAUCUGAUCAAAUAGAGUUAGAAGAAACGAUGGACGUUGAUACGAAUGAACUUGAAGACAUUACCAAGCCAACUUCAAGUCCACAAUCAGAAAAAUUACAUUCUGAUAGAUCUAGCGCACAAGCUGAAUCGUUACAAAGAGAAUCGUACGAGCCUCAAUACGAUAUCAGCUUACCAAAGGACAGAAUAAUCUAUGACGUUUCUGGAGCAAGAGUAUUGGAGAUCGUUGAACCAGGUAUUGAUAGUCAAUCGAGACAAGAUUCUGUCGAUGUGCCAUCUCUAGAAAUGGACGAAUAUAAAAUCUCUGAAGAUACAGGAAAAACUAUUUCAUCUUUGCACGAAAGUGCAGCCGUAGAUUCUUUGGAAAGGAUUGCUCAAGAACGUGAUAUGACUUUUAGUCCUAGUACAGUAUCGGAAGACAUUAACGUUGAUUACUCCUUGGUACAUGAACAGGUCCCUACGACGACAACGGAAAAAUACGAAGUCAGCGUAAAAAGAGCUGACAGUUUUGAAAUCGAAAGUCCACCUCUUGUUUCACCAAGAUUAAAAAUAAGACACGAUCUUGAAAUAAAACCAGUCAAUUGGAUGAUCGGUGAUGAAAAAAUUGAAAUAUCUGAGACAUUACAACCUUCGCAGGUCUUCAAUCAAGAAUUAGAGGAAUAUGAGACAACUAUAAGGAAGCAAAGAUUAUCUUCCCAAAGUGAAUCGGCUGAUUUGGAACAAGAAUCCGCUACAAAAUCUUCGGAAGAUCCAAGUGUUAUAGAAUCUAUCAAGGAAACUAUAACAACAGGAGAUACAACGGUGACUACAAUAAUUAAAACAAAAAAGUUUACCGUCAUUCCUGUCAGUGAUCAAGACAUAGAAAGUGAAUUAAUAGAAAAUAAAUUAGAAGUUAGCUGUCAAGAAUUAGUGGAUACCUUAAAACGUGAAUAUGAAGCUAAAACGCCUACCGAAGAUUUAACUACUAUCAGCAUACGACGACCUUUAUCCUUAGAAGAAGCAAAAAUAAAAUUAAGUGAAAUGAAAUUAGUGGAUUCGAGUAAAAUCGAAACAACUACCGACCAACAUGAAAUUUCUACCGACAAAGAAAGUAUUGACAUUGCUAAAGAAAUUACGUCCGUCUCUGAAGAAAAAUUAGAAGCUAAAGAAGAAGUUACGUCGCAGAUUGGAAAAGACGAAGAGAUCGAUGGAGAGCCAUUAACAGAGAAACACGAGGAAGUUAUAGUAAAGGAUAUUACAAUAGAGAAAAUUGGACUUAGCUUGGAGGAGAUAGCAGAACCAUUGAAGGAAGAUGUAAAGCUUUUGGAAGACAUCCAAACACAAGAUAUUGCUGCUGGAGGAGCAUUGGAGGAUGAUCCUAAUAAGGCUGUUCACGUGGACGAUCUCGCGAAAGAAUGGAUGGAACCGAGCCUAACGAAAAUAAAAGUUUCUACCGAUGACUAUAAAAGACAUGUUGAGAAAGGUUUCGAAAAACGUGAUAAAGCAGCAAAAGUCAGCACGGUAACUUCUUCCGAUACAUGUGCCUUUAAAAUAAAGAAAGACGAUCUUCCAGGCGUUGAUUUAAGUGCGCGAUAUGCAAUUACAGUUCUAGAUCAAGUAGUUAAGAAAGAAAUAGCGGAGGUGAAGGAGUCCUUAGAGGCGGCGAGACAGGACUUGAUAGAAGAACUAAGUGAGAACAGUGAGACUGUAAUACAAAUCAAAGACUCACCUUCUGAAUUUCAAUUCAAAUUACAACCAGAAUCUAUACCCAAUGAUUUACCCUUUUUAUACAGACCCCCAUCUUUGGAACAGAUCGCCGUAGAUAUUGAAGUUACGUCGAAGACUGAGUCAUUGAUAGCGAGCGAGGAAAAGCCUGAUGAAUCGAAAAGAGAUGAAAAAGAAAUUCCAGCUACGGAAAGUGGAUCGGAAGAAAUCGAGCUCGAAGCAUCCGGUGAUGAAAUGGACAAAGAGAAGGUAUGUAUGGAUAUUGAGAUGGAGCUAGACAAGUCUGAAACGGAAACUCUAUCUGCCGUCCAUGAAGAGAGUAAAGAAGACGAUGAUACACGUCCUAGUCCCGUACCAGCCAGCAGAUCAUGCUCAGACGUAGAGUACAAAGACGAGAGUUCCUCCUCCUUGCAUCCACCUCAACCAGUGCCAAGGAGACGACAUAAACCUGCACGGGCAUCGAAAAAAGUUACUUCCGAAAGUGAGGUCGAUCCUGGUUCCAGUUCGGGCGAGAGUAGCAACUAUCAAUCUUGCGACUACGAAAUUGGCAGUGGAAGUAGACCAAGUUCUUCUGAUGUUGAAGCCCUCCAGUCUGCUACGAUGCCACCAUCGGGAACAACUUCCGAGUAUGAGACUGCGAUGAUGUCCGUUGAACACUCCGCCACCUCAAGGCCAACUUCUCAAGAAUACCAAACUGCCGUGAGUACAUUAAGUUCUCGCGAAUCUAUGAAAUCUUUAAGUUCGUUUAGUUCAGGCCAUCUUGGUAGUAUCGAUAGUACCAGCGAGUUAUCAGAAACAUUGGUAGCAUCUGAACCGGAUGCUGACAAGGGCGAAGAACACGAAGAUUUGGAACGUGCGUUUGACGAAGAACAUGCCGAAUCCGAUUCCUCUGGAAGUGAUAUACCUAUGGACGAUGCGAUGGACAAAAUCGAUAGCAAUAUACCAUGUCGAAUGAAGCGAUCGUCGGAAAUGAUAUUUCAACAAAUAAUGGACGAUAACGCCGCUCUCGAUACCGAUUUAGAUGAACCCAUUUUGGAACAAGACACGAAGGGAGUCGAUUUUGCGACGUCUGCUUUUGUUGUAACACCUGGUGCCGUGCAAUCGGUAGAUAUAAUGACGGCUAGGGUUACGGAAGAUGGCGUUCAAAGUGUAUCCACCCAGGUUAUCUCGACCCAAGUAACAACGUCAACAACUGAGAUACCUACCGAAGAAACUACAUUGAAAACUACAAUGGGAAUAGAAAUUGAAGAUAAACCAUCGGAUGAGUCGCUCGAAAUGCUAAGUAUGGAACCAGAUUCUUUGGAACCGAAAUCUGGAAUAAGUGGUACACCAGAUGAAAGUGCUGAAACGGUGAUGCAAAUUUCAGCGCAUUCAAUGAUACAACAAGCGAGUAUGUCUACAUCUUCAACCUCCGGACUGUCUCUUGAUACAGUUAUAGAGAAAGCAAAAUCCGAACGAUCCGAAUCACCAGGUAGCGAUUCUUUUGAACUAGUCGAUAAGCCUGAUAUUAUAGAUGAUUUUGUUGUAAUUGAAGAAGUUGGACGUGAAGCAGAAGAAUUUGAUUCUGAAGGUAAAAGUAUACGUAUUACUGCAAUACCUCAAGUUAGUAGUAAACAAUACGAUCGAGACUUGGAGAACUUAAUAACGGAGAAUAAAGAAGAUUCUCAAGUGUCUAGCAGCCAAACUUCCCGGAAUAAUGAAUUAUUCGAUUUUGAAUCUGAAGAAAGUCCACCCCAAGCAUCCAACGACGAUCAAUAUUCUCAAUCUUAUUCAGACGAGGAACCGUAUGAAACUGGUAAAAAAUGGAUUGAGAUGCAAUUUCAUACGGACGCAAGAGUCUACGAUAUCGAAUACGACCGUGGUCCCUUAGAAGACAUCAAAGAAGAAGAGAUUACUGAUUUCGAAGCUGGUAGUAGUCGAUUUGGAAGUUUAGGAAGUCACAAAGAAUCGAUAGGAAGCGUUGGUAGUAUGCGUGGUAGUUUUGGUAGCACUCCGGAUUAUGAUGUUCUAGCUGGGAAAAAAUAUUUCACUAAACCUUCGGAUCAUGAUACUGUUUCUCUCAGUUCGUUACAGGAAUUCGAACAUCUGGAGAGUGCCGUAGCGGCAGAAAACUCGAAAAGAUUGCAAUGUGGUUCUCAGGAUUCAAUUAAUAAUGGGAGUCUUCCAAGAAGGUAUAUGACCGGUCGAUCUGGUCAUGGAGAUGAUAUUUCUCUCUCUUCGUUAAAAGAUUUUGAAGGUCUAGAAAGAGCUUGUCGGGAAGCUCACUUAAUUGAACUUCGUGCUAGGGAGGAAGAAGAUCUUUUGGAACAUGAAAGUCCUGAAAAUAGAUACAAAAUGGAAUGUCUUCAACGUAAAUCGGAAAUUAGUGCGGCAGGCUCGAUUAAUCCAAGCACUUCUGGGUCGGACGACUAUGAGAAGAGAAUAAAAGAAAUUGAUGAAAUUAUACGUAUAGCUCAGUCUAACGUAGAGAGAUUAGACCGACAAGAUGAUACUACUGAAGAUAUUUCACAGAUAGAAAUUACAGAUAUUGAAAAAACUGGUUCAGAAGCUAUUGUACCAGUGGUAACAGAAGCGGAGGACAUCCAACGUGCCAAAGAUACAAAUAUCAUGGAGACAAGUACAGAUUCAUUGGAAUUAGAAGAUAAUGCGGAUAAAAAACAUCCCUUAUGUCAAAGUUCAGAUUCUUUAGAAAUGAAAACAACAUUAGAUUUCCCAUCCUUAAGUUCUGACUCAUUGAAUAAUGUUAGAGAUGCCAGAGACGUUCAACUUGACGUAGCAGAACAAUUUAGUAAUGGAAGACGUAUGUCAUCAGAUUCUUUGGAUAUACCUAUUAUUGGACAACCUGAUAAUGAUAUACAAGAAGAAAGUAACAAUCAUUCUGGAAGACCGGCAGUUGAUAAUUCUGUAGGACAAAGUUCAUCAACAGAAACAAAUAUUGCUAAACAAGAUACAACAAAAUUGCCAUCAAGUAGUAAAACAUAAAAAAAAAAAUAUGAUCCAUAUAGAUAGAGGACUAUGGUGAUGAAUUUCACACGACUUCAUAAAUAUA